CCUGUAACAGGAAACCCUUCUCUCUCCUUGUUCCUCUUGAGAAUUUGGACUUUGGAGUGAGGGUCGCCUUUGCUUGAUCACUUGAUCGAUUGGCUUUAAUUAAUGGAGCUGGUCCCUUAUUCCGAUCCAAACUCUAAUCCAACCGAUGCGUCCAAUCUUCCCUGGCAAGACAUGUUUCGAUCUGCUUCCGUUCGUAAACCCGACCCUACCCCUUCUUCUCAAUCCCUACCUGAUUCCGACUCACAGAAGAAGAAGAAGAAGCCCAACAUGGCAUCAUCCACCACCAACCUCGAUGAUUCCGAUCAGAAAUACCUUUCCGGUGAUCCUCAGGUCAGACUCGCUCUCUACAUCGCCAUGGCCCAUGCUGGCAUGGCUUUCUCCGCCUUCUUGCUCUACGGCGUCUGCAUGUUGCUCGAGGAAUAUCUGCGCCCCCUUCAAUGGGCCGUCAUCUGUUCCAUUCCUCUCAGAGGUAUUCAGGGUACCCUCGUCGAUUUUUGGUCUGAACCCUUGAAAUCAGGCCUCACGGAAACUGUUCUCGCCGUUCCCGUUGCCGUUUUUAGGGGGUUCGUUAGUACUCUUGUUGAUAUUCGCAACGCUUGUUUCCGGAUCGUUCUCCGCCGCCGUGGUGAAGAAGCGGAGAUUCCAGCAAAGACAAGGAAUCGGUUCUCCAAGCUUGUACGAUGGCUCGUCUCUUUUGGAGUCUUCCUGAUUGCUUAUGAGCAGAUUGGUGGUUUUGGGUCUCUUGCGCUUCUGGUGUCAGGUUUCAUGUUCACUUCUGCUGGUACUGUCGAUUCCACCAUGUCCGCCGUCUCUUCUCUGAAAACCAAUAGCUUUCACCGGACCCGACUUAGCGCUUUCCUAACUCGUGGGAUUCUCAAUAGGUUGAAAACUAUCGUGGCUGUUGGGUUGAUUGUCGGCAUGAUCGUUGGCUUUCUUUCAGGUUCUAUCUUUUUCUCUUAUAAAAUCGGAGUUGAGGGUAAGGAUGCUGUAAUAUCUCUGAAAUCGCAUCUGGAGGAGAGCAAUUAUGCAGAGAGGAUUGGCGUUAAGAAAUGGAUGGAUGAGAAUGAUGUCCCUGGAAUGAUGGAUAACUACACAACCAAGAUGUAUGAAGCUGUGUCUCAACAAAUCGAUAGUCUGGCCUUGCAGUAUAACUUGACAGAGUUUGUUGGUGGGUUUAAGCAUUUCGUUAUACCCCAAAAGGUUGAUCCCUCAGAGCCUUCCACGGCUUUGAUGAAUCCUUCCCCCAUUGCUCAGAAGCUAGUGAGUCUGAGAAAGCGGAUUUCAAACAGAGAAUGGGGACUGAUUUAUACAGAGCUCGACGAACUUUUCAGGGAAUUACUUAUUACUAGGGAGGAUUUGGUCGAGAAGUCUAAAGCUUUUGCUUUCCAAGGGAUCGAUGUGCUCAAACGUGUCUUUGCCAGUAGUAAAUCUCUUUUAGGUGGAAGUGCAAGCCUCAUGUUCUCCAUUGGUAACUCCAUCAUAUCUGGUGCAGUAGGUCUUCUCAACUUUGUGUCUCAGUCCAUGGUUUUCUUUUGGGUAUUGUAUUAUCUCAUCACAUCGGAGUCUGGUGGGGUAACAGAACAAGUAAUGGGUAUGCUUCCAAUUUCGAGGUCUACUAGAAUUCGAUGCGUGGAAGUCCUCAACAAUGCUAUUUCAGGUGUUCUUUUAGCUACUGCAAAAAUCGCUUUCUAUCAGGGUUGCUUCACGUGGCUCUUAUUUAGAUUCUACUCCAUACAUUUCUUGUACAUGUCAACUGGUCUUGCCUUCAUUAGUCCUCUGCUGCCAAUCUUGCCUCCUUGGCUUUCAACUAUCCCUGCGGCUGCACAGUUGGUGAUGGAAGGUAGAUACAUAAUGGCCAUCACAUUGUCCCUGAUUCACCUUGCUCUCAUGGAUUAUGGAGCAACCGUAAUUCAGGAGGAUAUACCUGGUUACAGUGCAUACCUUACUGGCCUUAGCAUUAUUGGUGGAAUUGCUUUAAGCCCAUCUGCACUGGAGGGUGCCAUUUUGGGUCCAUUAAUAACAACAGUUGUGAUUGCUCUAAAAGAUUUAUAUGCAGAAUUUGUUCUGACAGAAUCCAAGGAAAAUGCAGAGUAGGCAUUCCUUAUGUAGAUAUGGGCUGUUGAUCCCAGUUCUAAUGCUUUUGGCCUCCUGACAAAGAGUAACUUGUUGAUGUGAGGUUCUAUACAGGAACUGAUCUCAUUGCCCUUUCCUGUACACCUAGGCAUGUAUUUAUUCAUUUUUUCUCAUAAUUAAAUUUCCUAUUAGUUUCAAUUAGGAUUUUUUUUGGGGGGUCAUAUUGCUGUAAUUUUUGUUUGUGCUAUACUGCUAUAAACGAAUUGUACAUUUCCUUGUAUUCAUUGUUUAAAUAUAUAAGCAUCUUUCUGUACUUGGCCAGUUUGAGAUAUUCAUAUUGUAA